UCUGGCGACACUAACGCUACUGUGCCAAAGCCUAGUUGAUGAGAAGCUGCCGACUUUAUUCUGUCUCUACGUUAGGUUGCUUUCGUUCUCAACAUGGCCUCUGUCGAGAAUCUUAACUUAAACGCUCUCAUAUACGAUUAUCUGGUGCGUACUGAUCCUUCAUUGGCGAAGAUCUUCCAGAAGAAGACUCAUGCGCCCAAGUUGCCACAAGGAUCACCAACAAUACAAGAGAUACUACAGUAUUAUCAAAAGCACUGUCCUAAGAAACCUGAUAUAAAGGCACGAGCUGAAGAUAGUAACUCAAGUUCAAGCUCAGAUAGUCAAGAAGAAGUAAAAAGCACACAAAUCAAUGGAGACUCACAAAUUAAAAUGGUUUCAAUUAAGCAAACUGCAGAAUCUUCCUCUGAUAGUUCCUCCUCCAGUGAGGAAGAAGUAGUAUCUAAAAAACCAAUAGCCAAGAAGACAGAAGCUGUUAAAGUUGCACCUCCAACACCAGAAGAAGAUAGUUCCGAGGAGAGUUCUUCAGAAGAAGAGGCAGCGAUGCAAGAAGUAAUACAAAAGAAAACAAAAGAGAAUAAAAAGAAAAAGAAGUCGUCGAGUGAAGAAAGUGACAGUAUUUCCAUCAAACCUGAAACUAAACUGUCCAAGAAAAUGACAUCCACUCCCUUAGUACAAAAAUUGACACCAGCGGCGAGUCAUAAGUUGACACCAACCAUAGAAACUCCAAAGUCUAUGCAGAAAACUUCCAAGUCAAUAUUAUCUGCAUCAGCAGUACACAAAUCAACGCCAAUGCCACUGGUUGCCCAUAAAUCUGUACCUACUUCAAAAAAUUGCAAAAAUAUAAAACCUAUGGAUUAUGAUGAUUCUGAUGAUUCUGACAAUUCCUCAGGAGAAGAGAAACAAGUGGUUAAACCCACACCAGCAGUAGCUAGUAAAAAAGCAGAAUCUUCCAGUGAUGAUUCCGAUGAUUCAUCAGAAGAUCAGAAACCAGUUGCCAAACAGCAAUUAGCUGUGAAAACACCCACAUCUAAAGCAGCUUUGCCAUCAAAGAAGCAAAGUAAGCCAACUCCAGCAAAGUUGACGAAAGAAGAAUCGUCAUCGAGUGAGGAUAGUGAUGAGGAUGAAGAAGAAGAGCCACAGCAAGUUACAAAGAAAUCACAAACGUUAAAAGCAACGCCUGCUAAGGUGGAAUCUAUAAAUGAGGAUAACAAAAAGAAAUCCGCAUUGAAGAGACCAGCACCCAGUAAGACUGCAACGACCCCAAGGCCGGCGCCUGUUAAAGAAGAAUCCUCUAGCGAAGAAGACAGCAGCGAUAAUGAACCUCCUGCUAAAAAGAUAGCUCCAGCGAAAGUCCUGGCUAAGAAAGAGGAGGAGUCGUCAAGCGAAGAUUCUGAUGAUUCGGACGAGAACGAGACACCGCCUGCGAAAGCAGUAGUCACUAAACCGGUGAUUAGUAAAAUGCCUCCAAAGAAGCCGGAAUCUUCUAGUGACUCAUCCUCGGAGGAGGAUUCGGAAGAUGCUCCAGCAGCUAAGAAGGCAGCUGUACCGGCAAAAACACCGGUGAAGGCGGUUGCGCAGAAGGAGUCGUCGAGCGACUCGAGCGAUUCAGAUUCCUCCGAAGAGGAGAAACCUAAAGCUGCGGUUAAAGCUAAGCCAGCAAAAGUUGCCGCAAAAGCAACGCCUGCUAAACAGGAGUCGAGUUCAGAGGAGAGUGACUCUGAUGAAGAUGAGGCACCAAGCCAGGUGCCUGUGAAGUCUCACAAGAAGAAAUAUACGGAUGAAGGCGACAGCAAGCCAGCUGAAGACAUGAAACCGCAGAAGAAAAAUUACGACAAUUUCGUGAAAGCAAGCAAUAAUUACAACGGUGAUAAGCUCAAGAAAAAUGUUCCAUUCCGUCGUGUGAGAGAGGAGGAGAUCACUUUGGAUCCAAAAUUAGCUAACAAUUCCUUCGAAGCAAAGGAGGAUGAAUACGAAAAUGACAAUAGCUUUAAAAGAUCGGAGUCGAAUCAUGGUGCAAACAAAGGAUUUCGGGGUGGUAGAGGUGGUUUCCGGGGAGGACGCGAUGACUAUCGUGGUGGCGGCGGCGGUGGCUUCAGGGGCGGACGCGACGGCUUCAGGGGCGGACGCGACGGCUUCAGGGGCGGACGCGACGGCGACAAGGGUGGCCGCGAAGGCGACAGGGGUGGCCGCGGUGGUCGUGGCGGUGGCGGUUUCAGAGGCGGUCGUGGUGGUAGAGGUGGUUAUGGCGACAGAAAAUCGUGGGGCGGAAACGACAGUAACGACGGCUCAAGGAAAUCAUGGGGCAGUGGAGAAGGCGGUAGGGGGGGCCGAGGCGGUUUUAGAGGCGGUAGAAGUGGCUUCGAUCAAAGAAAAUCUUUCGACAACGGGGCACCGCCGCAAAAUAAAAAGAUCAUAUUUGAUGAUUAAUGAUAGAAUUGUAUAUAUAUAUUAAGAAAGGGGCGCGCGGAUCUUGGGGGGAACGAGCUUAUCAGGAUCUGAAGUAUACAAAAGGCAAAUCGUUCCGGCAUGAGAAGACCAAAAAGAAACGUGGGAACUACCACGGUGGGCAGAUAGAUACUAGUGUUAAUUCCAUUAAAUUCGACUAUUAAACCAUUAUAUGUAACGCAUAACAUUUGAUUUUGUUUACCACUGCAUUUAGAUGAUUAAGGCGUUAAGUUAAAAACACUAGCUUAUGCUGUGAACAUUUAUACCGAAAUAUUCUAUAAGACGUUUGCUCUCGAGUGCUCUUCGAAAAGAUGACACGGUCGAUUAUAUUAUUGCCGAACAGUAUAUAUAUAUAUAUUUUAUAAAACCGUGUAUUUUGUCUUUAUAGCAAUUGUUCACGAUCUCUCUGUGAUGUCCGCUACAUAAUUUUAUUCAUAAUAUAUCACACGAGGAUAUGUUGAUUGUAAGAAGAGAACUUAUGGAAAGUGUCAUAUAUUGCUAAGAUUAUAUAUUAUACCUUUUACAUUGCUACAUCAAAUUGAGAAAAAACACUAGUAAGAUUUAAUGUAACCGAAACAUCUAUUGUUCCUAGCCGAUUCGACGGCUGCGGGCCUUCAAGUCUAAUCAAAUCUAACAUUUAUUUUCUACAAUAGUUGUUCAAAGUGUAAGUUUAACUUGAGACAAUUACAAGCGUUCAAUUUUUUUUUUAUUCGUAUCAAAAGGCUUUAAAUGAUUAGUUGCGAGUGAUCAUGGAACUGUCUACGAUUCUUCAGUCGGAAAUUACCGGCAUUCUGAACUCGGUUUUGUCGGUAAGAGUGGCUUAUAGCCAGUCAAUAAACUUGUGAGUUAUUUUUAUCGGUAAAAAAAGAGUCCAAAAUACCGGUCAUUUCGAUCAUUGAUUGCUGCUAUUGACGUUUUUUUUUUCUCUAAUGGAAAAACUCGAGUGGAAACGUUGGCAGAUAAUUCUUGAUGACACUCCAAUUACUCAAUAAAACAACGCCAUCGACUUCAUGUCUAUUUAUCUAUUGUGGUAUUUUGCGAGUUAAUAAUUUAAGUAUCAAUUUAUGAUUGUCAACUGACUCUUCUAGCACACAUGAAGAUUUUAUCAUCCUCUGUUGAUUUUAUGAUACUCCAAUGUUAUAUUUCAAUUAAUGUUCAAUCGAUUCUUCGGACUUUUAUACAAUACAAAGAUGAUUCCUUGAACAAUAAACUAUUUGUGUGACAGCGUGAUAAUUAUAUAAAAGACGUUUCUCACAUACACACACUCACACACACACACACACACACACCUGUAUGUUUUUAUGUAACGACAAAAGAGAAAAGCGCGCAUAACAGCUUCA